ACCAAAAAAAAAAAAAAAAAGGAACCUCAUCUCCUGUACCUUCAUAGGCUUUUUUUCCCUCAGCCUCAUAAUUUUACAGCGUAUUUCCUACCAUCUAGUCUUAUGGUGAUACUUUGUACAGAUUGCUUUCCUUUUAUUACUUGAAAUGGUCAAUUAAAAUGUGUAAAACCAGGCUCCAAUAAUUUUUCCUACCACUGUUGUGAUGGUUGCAGUAAGUCUUCUGUGACUAAUAGCCAUCCAUUCUGGAGGGAUAACCUAAAACAAAGGGAAGUCAAAGGCUUGCCCAGCAUCCUGUAAUGAGAGGCUCUUGUAGAGGGGCCACUUAAGGCAUCUUAGGCUCAGAAAUAGACUUAGCAAGAGUACAGUUCUUCCAGAGACCAGAGAGCCUGCAUUCACCGGAUGAAAAGGGUGUUGAACCUUAGGACGAUCUCAGCUCCAGGUUCCCAAGUGAAGCCUGAACCGGGUCUGUCCUUAAGCUUAGCAGCGGGAUCCUAUGAGCACAGGGAGCCCUUGCCUAAGGACUGCCCAAGGAUAACUGGGUUACUUUCAGACCUUUACUUUUUAUAGGUCCUACUUAAAGGUCUUUAUGCCUCUUUUAAGCUCACCAGAACCCCAAGACAGCUUUAAAUUUUAACCACUAGUUACAACUCCCUAAUGGCCAAAACGAACAUUUUAAAACUCGCCCAAGGGAGGUGUAACUAGGGUGCUGGCCUAGCACGCAGAAGGCCCUGAGUUAGAUUUCCCAGCAUGCUAUAAACCGGUUAUGGUGUGCACACCUGUAAUUCCAGUAUUGAGGAGAUAGAGGCAAAAGGAUCUGGAGUUCGAGGCCAUCCUCCGUUAUUUAGCAAGUUCGACGUCGUGCUGUCUGAAAAACAGGAGCCCGAGUAGAAAAGCGGGAAGGAACGGAUCAUUUCAUUAUGUGAGUCGGUAGGCAAAGUGCCUGAGUCACCCCUCCUGGUUGUAUUUUUCCACCUCCCAUCCCUCCCAGGUUUUGGUGGAUUCUACGGGAAGCGGCCCGUUACGCCGUGCUCCGCACGCCUGGCCACGCCUCUCACAUUAGCCCCGCCCACAACAGGAUCCGCAGAUUCGCUACCCGACUCCUUAGGAUUAUUUGGGCAGCUUUUCUUGUCAGAAAAUUUUCAUGAAACGCUGAGAAGACUUCUUCUUUGUAACCUUUUCGCACUAAGUAGGAAGUGGGCUGCUCCUUGAGUUGUUCUACUAAGAAAAAUCCAGGAAUAGCGGGCGACUCUGCCAACAGGGCUUGGCGAACCAGGCGUCAUUUUCUUGACUCUACCGCAGGUGAGAAGAGGUGACGGCCAAAGCCCAGAACGGUGGCGAAUCUGCACUGCAGCCUCAUAGGCAUUUGGGCUGCGCAAGGAAGGGGCAGGGAAGAGGAGCUAAGGAGCGCGCAUCCUGUCCACUCAUUUGCCCCGCCCGCCUCGCGAAUCUGCGUCGUUGGACGCACCACUCAAAUCUCCCGAGCUCCGGCUGGCGUCCUCCCCCUCGCUCCGCCCCUCUUUCCUCAGGGGCUUGUCGCAGCUUUCGUCGCCGCCGAUUCGCCAGGAACCCCAAGGCCGGAGCAGCUGGAUAAGGGUGGUGCAGUCCGCUCUCCGGGGAAUGCGGCCAAUCUUCAGGCUCCCUGGGCUACAACUCCCGAGCCUUACAGGGCGCCGGCCGAGGCAAGGCCGCUACCCUCGGCCCCGUGGAUCUCUCCGCAGUACUUGUAGCGAAAGUGCGGAUGCAGACGCUGUGCCCGCUGGGCCUCGUGCAGUGUAAAUGAGCAAAGAUGGACCAGGAAGGUGGGGGAGAUGGGCAGAAAGCCCCGAGCUUCCAGUGGCGGAACUACAAGCUCAUAGUGGAUCCUGCUUUGGACCCUGCUUUGCGCAGGCCUUCUCAGAAGGUGUACCGCUAUGAUGGAGUCCACUUCAGUGUCAGUGACUCAAAGUAUACCCCCGUGGAAGACCUCCAAGAUCCCCGCUGUCAUGUCAGGUCCAAAACCAGAGACUUUUCCCUCCCAGUUCCUAAGUUUAAGCUGGAUGAAUUCUAUAUCGGACAGAUUCCACUGAAGGAAGUAACUUUUGCGAGGCUCAAUGACAAUGUUCGGGAAACCUUCCUGAAGGAUAUGUGCCGGAAAUAUGGUGAGGUGGAAGAAGUGGAGAUCCUUCUUCAUCCCCGCACUCGAAAGCACCUAGGCCUAGCCCGUGUGCUCUUCACCAGCACUCGGGGGGCUAAGGAAACUGUCAAAAACCUCCACCUCACCUCUGUCAUGGGCAAUAUCAUUCAUGCCCAGCUUGAUAUCAAAGGCCAACAACGAAUGAAGUACUAUGAAUUGAUUGUCAAUGGCUCUUACACUCCUCAGACUGUGCCCACUGGGGGCAAGGCCUUGAGUGAGAAGUUCCAGGGUUCUGGUGCAGCCACUGAGACGACUGAAGCCCGCCGACGGUCUUCCUCUGACACAGCUGCCUAUCCAGCAGGCGCUGCUGUGGGGGGCACCCCUGGCAAUGGCACUCCCUGCUCCCAAGAUACAAAUUUCUCCAGCAGUCGACAAGAUACCCCAUCUUCUUUUGGCCAGUUCACCCCUCAGUCCUCCCAAGGAACCCCCUACACAUCUCGGGGUAGCACCCCCUACUCUCAGGACUCUGCCUACUCCAGCAGCACCACUUCAACCUCCUUCAAACCCCGGCGGUCAGAGAACAGCUAUCAAGAUUCUUUUUCUCGCCGCCAUUUCUCUGCAUCUUCAGCCCCUGCAACCACCGCUACUGCCACCUCAGCAACUGCUGCAGCUACUGCAGCCUCCUCCUCCUCCUCCUCUUCAUCAUCCUCCUCGUCGUCAUCGUCUUCUUCUUCCUCAGCUUCUCAGUUUCGUGGUUCUGACUCUAGCUACCCAGCAUAUUAUGAAAGCUGGAAUCGUUACCAGCGCCAUACUUCCUAUCCACCUCGCCGGGCAACUAGGGAGGACCCUUCUGGGGCUCCAUUUGCCGAAAAUACGGCUGAGCGCUUCCCACCUUCCUAUACCUCCUAUUUGGCCCCUGAGCCCAACCGAUCCACUGACCAAGACUACCGGCCUCCUGCCUCAGAGGCCCCACCUCCAGAGCCUCCAGAACCUGGUGGUGGUGGUAGUGGUAGUGGUAGUGGUGGUAGUAGUGGUGGUGGUGGUAGUGGUGGUGGUGGUGGUGGUGGUGGUGGGGCACCCAGCCCUGAGAGAGAAGAAGCCCGGACUUCCCCACGCCCAGCUACACCUGCACGUUCUGGCUCCCCAGCCCCAGAGACCACCAAUGAGAGUGUGCCCUUUGCUCAGCACAGCAGUUUGGAUUCCCGUAUUGAAAUGUUGCUGAAGGAACAACGCUCCAAAUUUUCUUUCUUGGCUUCUGAUACAGAAGAAGAAGAAGAGAACAGCAGUGCAGGCCCUGGGGCUAGAGAUGCAGGGGGUGAGGUGCCUUCUGGGACAGGUCAUGGGCCCUGCACACCCCCUCCUGCUCCAGCUAAUUUUGAAGAUGUAGCACCUACAGGGAGUGGAGAGCCAGGGGCUGCCCGGGAGUCACCAAAGGCCAAUGGACAGAACCAGGCUUCUCCAUGUUCUUCUGGAGAAGAUAUGGAGAUCUCUGAUGAUGACAGGGGUGGCUCACCACCUCCAGCCCCAACACCCCCCCAGCAGCCGCCGCCACCACCGCCUCCACCACCUCCCCCUCCUCCUCCCUACCUUGCUUCCCUUCCCCUGGGCUAUCCUCCCCACCAACCUGCCUACCUCCUCCCACCCCACCCAGAUGGACCACCACCCCCUGAGUACCCUCCACCACCUCCACCACCACCACCCCACAUCUAUGACUUUGUGAACUCCCUGGAACUUAUGGAUCGACUUGGGGCACAGUGGGGAGGGAUGCCCAUGUCCUUCCAGAUGCAGACCCAGAUGUUAACACGCCUCCACCAGUUACGGCAGGGCAAGGGAUUGACUGCAGCCUCAGCCGGUCCUCCUGGUGGGGCCUUUGGCGAGGCCUUCCUCCCUUUUCCACCUCCACAAGAGGCAGCCUAUGGCUUACCCUAUGCUCUGUACACUCAAGGGCAAGAAGGUCGUGGGGCGUACUCACGGGAAGCCUACCACCUGCCCUUGCCUAUGGCAGCCGAGCCCCUGCCCUCUUCCUCAGUCUUGGGAGAGGAAGCCCGGCUGCCUCAUAGGGAGGAAGCAGAGAUAGCAGAAAGCAAGGCCUUACCAUCAGCAGGCACAGUGGGUCGUGUGCUGGCCACCCUUGUCCAAGAGAUGAAGAGCAUUAUGCAACGAGACCUCAACCGAAAAAUGGUAGAGAAUGUGGCCUUUGGAGCCUUUGACCAGUGGUGGGAGAGCAAGGAAGAGAAGGCCAAGCCAUUCCAGAAUGCAGCCAAACAGCAAGCCAAGGAAGAGGACAAAGAAAAGAUGAAGCUCAAGGAGCCAGGCAUGCUGUCCCUCGUAGACUGGGCCAAGAGUGGCGGUAUCACAGGCAUUGAGGCCUUUGCCUUUGGGUCAGGGCUUCGAGGGGCCCUGCGGUUGCCUUCAUUCAAGGUAAAACGGAAAGAGCCAUCAGAAAUUUCAGAGGCAAGUGAGGAAAAGAGGCCCAGGCCCUCUACUCCAGCUGAAGAAGAUGAAGAUGAUCCUGAGCGAGAGAAGGAAGCUGGAGAACCAGGACGUCCAGGGACCAAGCCUCCGAAGCGAGAUGAAGAACGAGGCAAGACCCAAGGCAAGCACCGGAAAUCCUUUACUCUGGACAGUGAAGGGGAGGAGGCAUCCCAGGAGUCUUCCUCAGAGAAGGAUGAUGAUGAGGAGGAGGAAGAUGAGGAAGAUGAAGAGCGGGAGGAAGCUGUGGAUGCCACCAAGAAGGAAGCAGAGGCAUCAGAUGGUGAGGAUGAGGACAGUGACUCGUCCUCCCAGUGCUCUCUGUAUGCGGAUUCAGAUGGUGAAAAUGGUAGCACGUCGGACUCCGAGAGUGGCAGCUCCUCUUCUUCUUCAUCAUCAUCAUCCUCCUCUUCCUCCUCUUCCUCAUCAGAGUCCUCCUCUGAAGAAGAGGAACAGUCAGCAGCCAUUCCCUCAGCUUCACCACCCCCCAGAGAAGUUCCAGAACCCCUUCCAGCUCCUGAUGAGAAGCCUGAGACAGACAGGGUUGUAGAUUCCCCUGUCAUGCCUCUCCCUGAAAAGGAGACAUUGCCCACACAGCCUGCAGGUCCUGCUGAAGAACCACCUUCUAAUGUACCACAGCCUCCCCCAGAGCCCCCAGCUGGACCUCCAGACCCUCCCCCCCGCCUGGAUGAACGCCCCUCUUCUCCUAUCCCUCUCCUACCCCCACCCAAGAAACGCCGGAAAACUGUUUCCUUCUCUGCUGCAGAGGAGGCACCAGUCCCAGAACCUUCUACAGCUGCCCCACUGCAGGCCAAGUCUCCUGGUCCAGUCUCUCGAAAAGUCCCCCGGGUUGUAGAGCGGACCAUUCGUAACCUACCCCUGGACCAUGCAUCUCUGGUCAAGAGUUGGCCUGAGGAGGUAGCCCGAGGGGGUCGGAAUCGAGCUGGAGGUCGUGUCCGUUCUACUGAAGAAGAGGAGGCCACUGAGUCAGGGACAGAAGUGGACCUGGCAGUACUGGCUGACCUGGCCCUGACCCCAGCCCGACGUGGGUUGGCUACCCUACCCACUGGUGACGACUCAGAGGCCACAGAGACCUCAGAUGAGGCUGAGCGCCCAAGCCCUCUACUCAGCCAUAUCCUCUUGGAACACAACUAUGCCCUAGCCAUCAAGCCGCCACCUGCUACACCAGCACCUCGGCCCCUGGAGCCAGCUCCUGCCCUUGCUGCACUCUUCAGCUCUCCAGCUGAUGAAGUCUUGGAGGCCCCUGAGGUGGUGGUGGCUGAGGCAGAAGAGCCAAAGCAACAGCUGCAGCAGCAGCAGCAGCAUCCAGAGCAGGAAGUCGAGGAGGAGGAGGAAGAUGAAGAAGAGGAGUCUGAGUCCUCAGAAAGCAGCAGCAGCAGUAGCAGCAGCGAUGAGGAAGGGGCCAUCAGGAGGCGCAGCCUCCGCUCCCACACUCGAAGAAGAAGGCCACCACUCCCACCGCCACCCCCACCACCCCCUUCCUUUGAGCCAAGGAGUGAAUUUGAGCAGAUGACCAUCCUAUAUGAUAUUUGGAACUCAGGCCUGGACUCAGAAGACAUGAGCUAUCUGCGACUCACAUACGAACGGCUGCUGCAGCAGACCAGUGGCGCUGACUGGCUUAAUGACACCCACUGGGUCCAUCACACAAUCACCAACCUAAGCACUCCAAAGCGUAAACGACGGCCCCAAGACGGGCCCCGGGAGCAUCAGACGGGCUCCGCACGCAGUGAAGGUUAUUACCCCAUCAGCAAGAAGGAGAAAGACAAAUACUUGGAUGUGUGCCCUGUCUCAGCCCGGCAACUGGAAGGUGUAGACACUCAGGGGACUAAUCGGGUGCUUUCUGAGCGACGGUCAGAGCAGCGGCGGUUACUCAGCGCUAUUGGCACCUCAGCCAUCAUGGACAGUGACCUGCUGAAGCUCAACCAGCUCAAGUUCCGGAAGAAGAAACUCCGAUUUGGCCGGAGCCGUAUCCAUGAGUGGGGUCUGUUUGCCAUGGAACCCAUUGCAGCUGAUGAGAUGGUGAUAGAAUAUGUUGGCCAGAACAUUCGCCAGAUGGUAGCUGACAUGCGGGAGAAGCGCUAUGUUCAGGAGGGCAUUGGCAGCAGCUACCUUUUCCGGGUGGAUCACGACACCAUCAUAGAUGCCACCAAGUGUGGCAACCUCGCCAGGUUCAUCAACCACUGCUGCACGCCUAACUGCUACGCUAAGGUGAUCACCAUCGAGUCUCAGAAGAAGAUUGUGAUCUACUCGAAGCAGCCCAUUGGCGUGGAUGAGGAGAUCACCUACGACUACAAGUUCCCACUAGAAGACAACAAGAUUCCGUGUCUGUGCGGCACUGAAAGCUGCCGUGGCUCCCUCAACUGAGGUGGGGCAGGACCGGUGCCCUCACCCCUAUUUAUUCCCCCUUGGUGCCCUAAGCUCCCAGCACCCCCAGCCUUAUUGGGCUCAGCAGGGCCCACUGCCCCCACCUCCACAUGUGGGAUAGGGAGCCCUGAGUCCAGCAAGGGAACCUCAGCCCUUUGAGGUAACUUCUGCCUUCCCUAUACUCCAUACCCAGCCACCCUCUUAAUUUUUUUUUCUUUGCGAAGAAGAAGCUGUAAAUGUUUUGUAGCUGCCAGCAGCUGUUUCCUGUGGAAACCUGGGGUACCAGCCUGUAUAGAUGCUAUUCUUGGGGGCUGCAUAGCCCUUUGCUUCAUGUUAAUGGGGACACCCCCUUCUGCCCUAUGUGCACCCCUCCCCAGUUUAGGGGUCUCUGGGGCAGUGGCCAUGUUCUCCCCCUGGGGGGGCCUUUGGCCCCUAGUCCUGGGAACUCUGUGCCUGGAACCCUGCCUCAUCUGUUCCUGCCAGACCCUGUGGGUCACCCUCCCACCCUGGUGUCUCAGGCCUCUGGCUCAGUGGGCCAGGAUGGUGGGGGGCAGGCCCUUCUUGUUGGGCUGGAUUGUACAUAAUGUUAAUAGUGAAACCCAACACACAUUUUUAUAAUUGUGAUUAAACUUUAUUGUACAAAAAUGCUUGGUCAGUAUCUUUGGGAAGAGCAGACUGUAAUAUGAGUUGACACAAUCAGUGAAGCAAGAGAGAGGGAAAAUGGGUGGCCUGGAGUUUGGGGCGAAUUAACCUGCAGACAUAGCAGUACUGCUUUGGAGCAAGCACCUAAUGGUACAGCAGCAAAGCCGUGUCUAUCUCACCAUGGGUGCUAGCCAGAGUUGUGUGGAGAUCAGCUUUACCCUGCUCUACCUCCCCAGAACCACAACUGGUGCUGCCUCCAGCCUACUGGGAAACCCAGCAGGAGGGAAGAACCAAAAUCAUUACCCAAUUUUCCCUAAAUGCUUCACAUUUCCAAGUGGGCAGGUUCUGACCUCUGCCUGCCACUGAAGAAUGGACUGGCCACCAGGGGGCACUCUGGCAAGAGAAUUCCCUCCAAACCCCCUUGCCCGCCCCUAGGGGUGGAGGCUAAUUUGGCUUCCUUCCUGGAAUGGGCCAGGAGGGAGGAGCGAGCGGAAGGAAGGAAGCCUCUGUGCAUCUAGCUGGUCCACCAGUCCAGGACACAACCUUUCCCAGUGGCCAAUUUGGGCGCCCUGGGACUUCCUACAGCUAGGCAUGGCAGACUCUGCACAGGUGCCAACACUGGUGUACCUGGUCACGGGGGGCUGUGGCUUCCUUGGGGAGCGUAUUGUUCGAAUGCUGCUAGAGCGGGAGCCCAGGCUCCGGGAGCUGCGUGUCUUUGACCUGCACCUGAGUUCUUGGCUGGAGGAGCUCAAAACAGGGCCUGUGCAGGUGACCGCCAUCCAGGGGGAUGUGACUCAGACCCACGAGGUGGCAGCAGCCAUGGCUGGAUCUCAUGUGGUCAUCCAUACAGCUGGGCUGGUGGAUGUGUUUGGGAAGGCCAGUCCAAAGACCAUCCACAAAGUCAACGUGCAGGGCACACAGAACGUGAUUGACGCAUGUGUGCAAACUGGGACUCGGUUCCUGGUCUACACGAGCAGCAUGGAAGUGGUGGGGCCUAAUGUCAAGGGCCACCCCUUCUACAGGUGAGCUCAGCCCCUCAGUCUUAGAGCCCAUCUCCCUCCAGCACUGAGUCUUCUUUCUCCCUACUCCAGGGGCAACGAAGACACCCCAUAUGAGGCAGUCCACAGCCAUCCCUACCCAUGCAGCAAAGCCCUUGCUGAGCAGCUGGUCCUGGAGGCCAAUGGAAGGAAGGUCAAUGGAGGGCUACCCCUGGUGACAUGUGCCCUUCGACCCACGGGUAUUUAUGGUGAAGGCCAUCAGGUCAUGAGAGACUUCUACCACCAGGGACUGCGCUUUGGAGGUCGGCUGUUUCGGGCCAUCCCAGCUUCUGUGGAGCAUGGCCGGGUCUAUGUUGGCAACGUGGCUUGGAUGCACCUGCUGGUGGCCCGAGAGCUGGAGCAGCGGGCAGCACUCAUGGGUGGCCAGGUGUAUUUCUGCUAUGAUAAGUCACCUUAUAAAAGCUACGAGGACUUCAACAUGGAGUUUCUGGGUCCCUGUGGACUUCGGCUGAUAGGCACCCACCCACUGCUGCCCUAUUGGCUGCUGGUGAUGCUGGCUGCCCUCAAUGCCCUGCUGCAGUGGCUGCUUCGUCCACUGGUGAUGUACACACCCCUGUUGAAUCCCUACACUCUGGCUGUGGCCAACACCACCUUCACUGUCAGUACCAACAAGGCACAGCGCCAUUUUGGCUACAAGCCCCUCUUCUCAUGGGAAGAGAGCAGGACCCGCACCAUUCACUGGGUACAGUCCAUGGAGGGUUCAGCCUGGUGAUGGCAGGGCCAAGAACUGGAGACCACUGUGGCACAUACUCCAGAUCCUCGGCCCCCAAAGCCUGGAUGGGGAAAAAUGGCUACCUUUUGAAGCUGAACACUCUGCUCUACACAUCAUGACUCCAUGAUGUGGACCCUGCUGCACCUUAACUAUACAGAUCUUGAGACUGGUUCCUAUCCCAGUCUCCAAGGUCUAGAAUAGGGUUUGGGGACAAGCCAAUCUUUUGGUGCCAACUCAGGCCUGCCAGCUAGUAGACAAAACUGAUUCCUGAAUGGUCUCACUACCCCUUCCUGUUUCCAGUUUCUCAAGCAGGGAGGGACAAAGACUCCAGAGAGCUCACGCUGGUCUGCUCCAGGUACCAUUUUCAGACCUGGCUCCAGUCACAUCUGGCUCUCCUUAAGGGUUAUAGUUUCAUCGUUUUCUUACGUGUAUCUCUUUUAGAUAUUUAAUUUGCUUUAAAGAAAACUGAAGAAAUCAACGAUUUCCCAUGUCUUGCCUCUCCUACCAAACUGAGCUAUGAUAUUGUUAGUUUCCUCCCUGAGGAUGUCAACCUGUAUCUGGCCAAGCCUGGAUUAAAAUCCUUUUCCAAGUC